UUGCCUGCGCUGGGCAUGAUUGAGUUAUUGAUGCCUGCGCUUGGAGGAGCCAUCGUGCAGCUGAACGACGUCCUGCACGGUGCCAUCUCUCAUGAGCCGGGUCAAAUGGGGCAUCCCAAAAGAAACAUUACUGCCAGAGACUUCCUUGAAGCUUUCCGACGUCAUGAUAAUCGCUUGUCGGACGAGUUAUUGGGGGAUGUCUAUGAUUCCAUUCGUUGCGAGCAUCUGUGUCAAGCGCGCACCCCAACGUCUGGUGGCCCACCAGAUAUCACUGUCAACUUCAAACGCCCACUCCCUCCAUGGCUUACCUAUCGAGUCCAGUCAGAGCCGGUCGUCAUCCGUAUCCCACAACCAGAUCCACAUUUCAGUAUCAAGCUAUUUGGACACGAUCUGGUGUUUGACCCACCUGUGCUGUCAUUUGCGGAGUCGGCGGAAGCUUCUUUCCGGGUGACAGGGCGCUUUUUUGGACAUCACAAGUUGUGGGUUGCCCCCCAGUUGGUAGUAGACUUUGACGGAUGGACUUGGUGGAGACGCGGAGCCACUUAGUAGUUUUGAACUACAUAGUAUGCGGUAGUACCAUUUCUUAGUUUCGAGCCUUUAAUUGAAUUCGUUCAUCUCACC